UUUUUUUCUUUUUCUUUUCCGCCUUCUCUGUCAAAGACAAAACAUUAUCAAUAUGCACCGUCAUCGACCUGGAUCUAUGCACCAGUCGAACAAACCGUUCAAGUCUCGUCAUGCCACCAAGGGAACAUUGAAAGAAAUCUCCAAGGGAAAGGUGAAUCGAACAUCUGUCAAACAAGGUGGAGGUCUCAAGUCAUUGUCGAAACAAGAUCGUCGACAUGCUGCCAAAGUGCUUCAACAAAAGAAACGGGAUGAAUUAACUCGAGUUCAUCGUGUUUUUGAAGGUCGUCAUGGUGCUCCCAAGAUCGUCCCUGUAUUACCUCUUUGUCCAGAUAGUGAUGUCGAUGCUGCCAUUACUGCUCUUUACAAGUCAUUGGGCCAACAACCUCCUGUCGAAAAGGGUGUACCUACUGUUCUCCAUGCUGAACGAUUCAAACAGAAACUUCAACUCUUUCCUUUACGCCGCAACUUUUAUGAUGUCUUGGAUGCUUUCAAGGUUGCUGAUUAUGCCAUUAUUUUACUCUCUGCUGAUGUCGAAGUCGAUUCUUUUGGUAUCAACUGUUUAUUGAGUAUUCUCAAUCAAGGUCUUGUUAACGUCUUACCCGUCGUACAGUAUAUGUCCAAUGUACCUGCCAAGAAUCAAGUAGCUGUCAAAAAAUCCUUGGUUUCCUUUACUCAACAAUUCUUUCCAGAACAAGAACAUUUAUAUUCUUUGGAUACUGACUCUGAUUCUUUGAAUGUAAUGCGAUAUAUUACGUCUCAACGUCCUAAACCUUUGGUGUGGCGUGAUUUGCGUCCUUAUAUGUUAGCCGAUCAAGUAGAUUAUCAACCUGACAAUGAAGAAACUGGAUUAUUAAAGGUGACAGGAUAUGCUCGUGGAAAUCCAUUCAAUGCCAAUCGAUUAAUUCAUUUACAAAACUUUGGUGAUUAUCAAAUCGAACAAAUCACUUCAGCAGAUAUUCAACGGAAUCAUGGUGGUGAUAUGCAAGAAGAUAUACAAGUGUUGGAUACCCCAGUACCUGAAGAACAGGAUGACUUGGUGGCCGAAAAUGAACCUGACUUUAUGGAAAAUGAACAAACUUGGCCCACCGAAGAAGAAUUGGCUGAAGCUGAUGAACGUGUACGUCGUAUGCAACAGAAGGAAGAACAAGUCAAUAAAAAACGUGUUCCCAAAGGUACUUCUUCUUAUCAAGCAGCUUGGAUUUUCGAUGAUGAUGAAGAUUACAGUGAUUUGGAAGAAGAUGAUGAUGAAGAUGCCAAUAUGAUGGUGGAUGAUAACAACAAUGAUGAUGACAUUGUAGAACCUGUUGGAAAUGGGGAUUAUGAUCAAGAAGAAGAAUAUGAAGAAAUCGAUAUGAAUGAAAAGGUUGAAAACGAGGAUGAACUCGAUGUUGAAGAAGAACAAAGACAGUACGAAGAAUAUCUAAAGAAAAGAAAAGAAGAAUUUGAAGGACAUCAGGAGUUUCCCGAUGAAAUUGACACUCCAAUGCAUAUGCCUGCGCGGGAAAGGUUUGCAAGAUAUCGCGGUUUACAAUCUUUCCGUACAUCUCCUUGGGAUCCCUAUGAAAAUUUGCCUGUGGAUUAUAGUCGUAUUUUCCAAUUCGAAAACUACUUGCGUACCAAAAGUCGUGUGAUAAGCCAAGCCAUUGUUGGGAAAAUCAAGCCUGGAAGUCGAAUUACUUUAUGGAUCAAGAAUGUGCCGAAAGGAGCUUAUGAAAUGUUUGAUAGGACUCGUCCCUAUGUUGUAUUUGGAUUAUUACAAUAUGAACACAAAUCGUCCCUUUUGAAUCUUCAAAUCACUCGAGACAAUGCUUAUGAAGAACCAGUCCGAUCCAAGGAUCCAAUGAUUCUUCAUAUGGGUUUCCGAAGAUAUAAGGUCAAGCCGAUCUAUUCACAAAACUCCAACAAAGGUAGCAACAAUGUACACAAGUAUGAACGAUUUCUACAAUUGGGACGAUCUUCAGUGGCAACUGUUUAUGGGCCUGUUGUUUUUGGAAAAGUACCUUGUAUGCUUUACAAGGAAACUGAAGAUGUGAAUGAACCUAUUUUGGUGUCUACUGGCAUGUUUAUGAAUACGGAUGUAAAACGCAUUGUUGCCAAACGAAUUAUUCUUAGUGGUCAUCCAUUCCGUGUUCAUAAGCGAUCAGCAGUGAUUCGAUAUAUGUUCUUCAAUACAGAUGAUAUUCAUUGGUUCAAGCCUGUUCAAUUAACGACCAAAUAUGGACGAGUGGGACAUAUUCGUGAAUCAAUUGGUACUCAUGGUUAUAUGAAGUGUACAUUCGAUGGACUAAUGACACAACAAGAUACAGUGAUGUUAUCACUAUACAAACGCAUCUUUCCCAAAUGGAAUACCGAAUUGUUCCAAGGUGGCCUGAUCAAGGAAGUCAAAUCUACUGAACAAAUCACCAAACCUACACCGAUGGAUAUGGAAUAGAUUUAGUUUAUUAUUAUUAUUAUUAGAUUUUCUUAUCGGUUUAGAUACUCUUUUUUUUAUUUUAUUACAUUAUAUAUUUCAAUUAGCAUAGUUUACUUUUUCUUUUUUCAUUCUUUCCUUAUAUAUAUAAAAAAC